GCAUGACCGGCUGCUUCAGAUUAGAGCCCUCAGGUGGGGUUAUGGCAGUGUCUUGCCAAGUGCUUUACGAUUUCACAUGUCUGCUGAAGACGUGGACUGGUUCAGUGGUUACAAAAUGUCCCUUGCUACAUUGGCAGGAGACCAAGGUUUGGACAUCACACAGGAUGUGAAACCUCCAAAAAGCCUAUAUAUAGAAGUGCGGUGUCUAAAAGACUACGGAGAAUUUGAAGUUGAAGAUGGUACUUCA